UGUGCGGCGGCGGCGGCAGGAGGCGGAGGCGGGCGCGGAGGAGGCGGCGGAUGGGGGGGAUGCGGCGGCUCCUCCACGACACACGCUGCCUGGUCUCGCCCCUGCCCGCGCUAGGCUGAGGCGGCCCCGCGCCGGGAAGUCCCGGCAGCGGCACCUGGUGCCGGCGGGCGCCGGGCCGCAUGAACAAUAGGCGGCGGUCCCGGCCCCGCCGCCCCCCGCAGCGCCCGGCUGCCGCGGGCGCCUCCCCCUAUGGAGCAGCCUCGCCAUGGAGCCCCUCACCGAGCUCAGCCAGGAGGGCGCGGGCGGCGGGGAGCCGCCGGGCGACGGGCCGCUCUGGACCGCUGUCUUCGAAUACGAGGCGUGCGGCGAGGACGAGCUGAGCCUGCGGCCGGGGGACGUGGUGCAGGUGCUGUCCCGGGACUCGCACGUGUCCGGCGACGAGGGCUGGUGGACGGGCAAGAUCGACCAGCGCGUCGGCAUCUUCCCCAGCAACUACGUGAGCAGCGGCGUGCAGGGGGGCGGCCCGGAGCUGCGCGCCCGAUACCCGCCGCCCCCCGCCAUACAGCUCCUAGAGAUCGACUUCUCAGAGCUUGUUCUGGAAGAAAUCAUUGGCAUAGGGGGCUUCGGAAAAGUGUAUCGAGCUAUAUGGAUAGGAGAUGAGGUUGCUGUCAAGGCAGCUCGCUAUGACCCUGAUGAGGACAUCAGCCAGACCAUUGAGAAUGUCCGCCAAGAGGCCAAGCUCUUUGCAAUGUUAAAACAUCCCAACAUCAUUGCCCUCAGAGGCGUGUGUUUGAAGGAACCUAAUCUUUGCCUGAUCAUGGAGUUUGCCCGCGGAGGAUCGCUCAAUAGGGUGCUGUCUGGUAAAAGGAUACCUCCUGACAUACUGGUGAACUGGGCAGUGCAGAUUGCCAGGGGAAUGAACUACCUGCAUGAGGAAGCAAUUGUUCCCAUAAUUCACCGUGACCUCAAGUCCAGCAACAUACUGAUACUCGAAAAGGUGGAAAAUGGAGAUCUGAGCAACAAGAUGUUGAAGAUCACGGAUUUCGGCUUGGCCAGGGAGUGGCAUAAAACUACCAAAAUGAGCGCAGCUGGGACAUAUGCCUGGAUGGCUCCUGAGGUCAUCCGCUCUUCCAUGUUCUCCAAAGGCAGCGAUGUUUGGAGUUAUGGUGUGCUGCUUUGGGAACUGCUGACAGGAGAAGUACCAUUCAGAGGAAUUGAUGGUCUUGCAGUAGCAUAUGGUGUUGCUAUGAAUAAGCUUGCCCUUCCAAUCCCUUCCACGUGUCCUGAGCCUUUUGCCAAACUCAUGGAAGAUUGCUGGAACCCUGACCCACACUCACGACCUUCCUUUGCCACUAUCCUAGACCAUCUUACUGCCAUAGAAGAGUCUGGUUUUUUUGAAAUGCCCAAAGAUUCCUUCCACUCCCUGCAGGAAGACUGGAAACAAGAGAUCCAAGAGAUGUUUGAUCAGCUUAGAGCCAAAGAAAAGGAGCUGCGCACAUGGGAAGAAGAGCUGUCUCGUGCUGCUGUUGAACAGAAGAACCAUGAGGAGCUGCUACGAAGGCGGGAGCAGGAGCUGGCAGAGCGUGAGAUUGACAUCCUGGAAAGGGAGCUCAACAUCAUCAUCCACCAGCUGUGUCAGGAGAAGCCUCGGGUCAAGAAACGCAUGGGGAAGUUCAAGAGGAGCCGGCUCAAGUUAAAGGAUGGCAAUCAUAUCAGCUUGCCUUCAGAUUUUCAGCAUAAAUUCACUGUGCAGGCUUCUCCAACGAUGGACAAAAGGAAAAGCUUGAUCAGUAGCUGCUCCAGCCCUCCUGCAAGUCCUACCAUUAUUCCCAGACUCAGGGCCAUACAGUUGACACCUGCUGAAAGCAGUAAAACGUGGGGACGAAGCUCAGUCCUUCCAAAGGAGGAAGGAGAAGAAGAUGAGAAGAGAGGCCAGAAGAAAAAGGGACGCACCUGGGGACCAAGCUCGCUUUGUCACAAGGAGCUAGGUGCAGGAGAAGAGGGUCUGAAAGCUCUGGUGGAGGGAUGCAAGCAGUGGUCAUCCAGUGCACCAAAUCUUGGGAAGAUCCAGAGAACUGCACCUGCUUUUCCAGGAUUCACCAGCUUAGCAGAGAUGGAUGAUGAGGACAGUGAAUGUUUUAAUGGAGAGGGCAAAGUGCACCCUUCACCUGUGCACAAUCAGUCAUACCUCUGCAUCCCCUUUCAGAAGAAUGAAGAAUGGGACGGCCCUUCUAGUGAUGCCAAUGAGGAGUCCACCCCUGUAAACUCUGCUACCAGUACCCCACAGCUGACACCCACCAACAGCCUCAAACGUAGCGGCUCCCACCACAAGCGAUGUGAGAUUGCAUUGCUUGGCUGUGGAGCAGUGCUGGCUGCUGCAGGCCUGGGUUUUGAUCUCCUAGAAGCAGGGAAGUGUCAGCUGCUGAUUGAGGAAGAGCCAGAGGUGCCCAAGGAAGAGAAGAAGAAGCGUGACAGCAUUUUUCAGCGAGCUGGACGUCCACGCAGGAGCACUAGUCCACCUUCCCGGAAGAUCUUCAGGAAGGAUGAUCCCCUGUUGUUGCUAGGCGAGCCAUCCACAUCCCUCACCCUUCUUUCCCUGUCUUCCAUUUCCGAAUGUAAUUCCACCCGGUCCCUGCUGCGCUCAGACAGUGAUGAGAUUGUGGUUUAUGAGAUGCCUGUCAGCCCAGUGACAGUCAAGGCUCCCUUGCCAGCCAUUACAAACCCACUGGUCAAUGUCCAGAUCGAGAGGUUCAAACAAGACCCCAACCAGUCCCUGACUCCCACACAUGUGACGGUCUCUUCCCACACCCAGCAAAGUGGACACAGGCGCACGCCUUCUGAUGGAGCCAUCAAAGGGGGUGGAUUGGUCGUCAAUGGGUGCCCAACCAGUGGAUGCCCUUCCAGUAGCUGUUUAACUGGAGCACUGGGAACAGGUGUAUUAAAAACACCUAGUCCAAGCAGAGAUCCCAGUGAGGUCCCUCGUUUGCCAGACCCCAACCUUGUUUUUCCUCCAACCCCAAGACGAUGGAAUGCACAGCAGGAUCCCACACUGGAAAGACCCAAGACCCUGGAGUUCCUACCCCGGCCACGUCCUGCAGCCAGUCGGCAGCGGCUUGAUCCCUGGUGGUUUGUGUCACCCAGCAAUGCCAAGGGUGAAUCUUCUGCCAACAGUUCAAGUACUGAUACUCCAAGCAAUCUUGACUCUUGUUUUGCUAGUAGCAGCAGCACUGUAGAAGAGAGACCUGGACUGCCUGCACUGCUUCCUUUCCAGGUGGGUCCUCCUGCAGAGGAGCGGACACUGUUGGACAUGGAUGCUGAGGGGCAGAGCCAGGACAGCACCAUUCCGCUAUGCAGAAGUGAACUUAACACACACAAAGCUGCAGCAUAUGAACUCAAGCAAGAAUUCUGGUCUUAAUAUGAAACCACUGGGGACAGUGAGCCCCUCUAAAUUCAAUCCUACUUUUUGCACUGAGAAUGCACUUUGAAAACAGAUAAUGUGGAGGGAUGCUACAGAGAUCAUAUGGUGCUGCCUCUGCUGAAGAUGUGUUGUCAGCUGCCUGAUUUUUGUCUGCAUUUGGGUGAAACUUGGCAACUCUGAGCUGCUGACUUUUGCUGUGGGGUUUUCCUGUAGUCUUCCCUACCCUCUUAUUGCAGUUUGAAUCUGCAAUGAGCUGAAAUUAUCAUAUCAAAGUCUUUUGUUACUGACCUUGUAGGAUUUGGCACUUGGCAGUAAGUAUAUCGGUAUCCUGGUAUUAAUCAGUAUUUUCAAAUAAUAUUCAAAUAUUACACUACAGCAGACAUCACUGUUUGAUGUUUUCCCAAGGAAUCCAGAAUGGAAACAAAUAAAUAUCUGGAGACUACCUUCUCUGAAAUACAUUCAGAUCAUUAGACAGGCCUGGGAAUCAUCAUACCCCCACUGAAAUAGCAGAAGUAGCUAUCUUAAGACUUGUUUGUCCUCUUUUGCUCAUGUGAUAGUGUAAGGUGGAACAGAUGGUAGGGGAAGGGCAUGGCGUCUCCACUGGUGGAGGUCUUUGAGAGCAGGUGAACCAGACUGUUGGAAACAAGUAGGUGUAGUUGAUCCUGGCUUCAGGGUAGGUUGGAUGAACUUCAAUGAUCUCCUGAGGUCCCUCUCAGCCCUAUUUAUUUUAUGACCCUGUGCUUUCAAGAUGAAGGCUUACAGUAUAGCUGUUUAGCUUGGUUUGGGUUUUUUUUUUCAGACUUUCAUUCAGUCUCUUUUCUUCCCACCCUGUUUCUCAGGCUCAUAGUCAA